AAAAGAACCAAAAGAGCAAACCCAAAUGCCAAAUCCUAACAAGAAAUGGAACCUAAUGAUCCAAGCAUCAACAAGAAAUGGUUUUUUUUCUAAGUCCCUGCACCUCUACUCCUCCAUGAUCAACUCCAAUGUCCAUGGAGAUAGCUUCACCUUUCCUUUCAUUGCAAAAGCUUGUGGAAAACUUGGUUCCAUCUUGGAUGGGAUGAAGAUCCAUGCCCACACUAUCCUUCUUGGUUUCCAAUCUAAUGCCUUUGUCCAGACUUCAUUGCUUGACAUGUACUCCAAGUGCUCUUGUUUUGUUGAUGCAAGGAAGCUGUUUGAUGAAAUGCCUCAAAGAAACUUAGUUUCUUGGAACUCCAUGAUCCAUGCUUACAGUGUCCUCUCUGACAUGCCUAAAGCUCUGGGGCUUUUCAAUGAGAUGAGGAGUGUCGGCAUUAGACCCAGUGCAAGCACUUUGGUUAGUAUUGUUUCAAUGUUGGCAUUGAAGCAAUGUACCUCAUCAGUUCACUCUUAUGGGAUCAAAGUUGGCUUUGGUUCAGAUUUGAGGUUCUUGAAUGCUGUCAUGAGUGCUUAUGUGAGGCUUGGUUUGUUCAAAAAUGCGCGCCUUUUAUUCGAAUCUAUUGAGGAAAGGUCUAUUGUCACUUGGACUGUGAUGAUGGGUGGGUAUGUGAAGGCCGGAGAUUUCAAUCAAGUGUUCAAUCUGUUCAAGACAAUGCUUCGAGAAGCGAUUGAAUUGGACUCUGUUGCAUUCUUAGGUGUUAUUUCAGCUUGUGUUUUGCUUGGGAAUUUGUUUGCAGUAUGCAUGGUCCAUUCUCUGUUGAUAAAAAAAUGCGGUUUUGAUGGAGGACAAACCAUUAUUGCUUCCUCACUUGUUAAUGCAUAUGCAAAGAGCAAUGACACGAUAUCUGCGAGAAGAGUAUUCGAUUCUGUGCCGAGGAAAGAUGUAUCAUUGUGGACUUCCAUGAUAAGUGGAUAUGUUCAUGUUGGGUGUUCUGGUGAAGCACUGGCUUUAUCUGAAAACUUGCUAACUUCAUCCAUCAAGCCAAACAAAGCCACAAUUUCUACCAUUCUUUCAGCCUGUACUGAUUUUGGAUCACUAAGCAUUGGCGAAAAGGUCGAAGAGUAUGCAAAAGCUAACAAUCUCAUUCUCGACUUGCAGGUGUGUACCUCCUUGAUUCAAAUGUAUUGCAAGUGUGGGAACAUUGAAAGAGCAAAGGAAAUCUUUGAAAGAGUUCCUUGUAAAGAUUUGGCAUUAUGGAGCACAAUGAUCAAUGGAUAUGCUUGCCAUGGAAUGGGACAAGAAGCUCUGUCUCUAUUCAAUAAAAUGCAAACAGAAAACAACGGCAACAUCAAGCCGGACGCAAUUAUUUUUACUAGUGUUCUACUGGCUUGUGACUACUGCAGCAUGGUAAAUGAAGGACUGAAGUUUUUUUACAGCAUGAGAAGAGACUAUGGCAUUGAGCCUAGUGUUGAGCAUUACUGUUGCAUUGUUCAACUUCUUGGUAAAAAUGGUGACAUUGAUGCUGCAAUUGAAGUUGUCCAUGAAGUACCAAUUGAAGCACAAAAUCAAGUGUGGCAUUGCUUGCUAAGUGUAUUCAGAGAUCAUCAUGAAAAUAAACUGGCAGAGUUUGCAUCAAAAGGAAUUUUAGAUUCCAAGUGUAAGUAUUCCAGUGAGGACUAUGUGUUAAUGGCUAAUAUUUGUGCUUCUUUGGGGAAGUGGAAAGAAGCAUCAGAGUUGAGAGGAUUGGUGGAUAAGAGAAGAUUGUUUAAAGAGCCUGGAUGGAGUAGAAUUGAAUCAAGAGAUUGCUUCAAAUAAUUGGAAUGAAUAUUCCUUUAUAUCAUUGUUAAUAUAUAUAUAUAUAUAUAUAUAUAUAUAAACAAUAGGUUGGUGAUUAUUAUUAGUCAUGUCAAUUAUGUUGAUCACCUUCCUUUGUCCCUACAUAUUAACAUAGGAAUAUGCAACAACAUUCUGGCCUGAUUUUUUAGACCAGUUGUUAUGGAUUGGUGGGGAUUGUAAAUUUAGACCAAAAAGUAGAAUCAAUGGGAUGACAGACACCAACAUUUUUUGGAUGUAUAUUAUGCUCAUGACUUGUGUAUAGUUUGAUGAGAAGUACUGUUGAAGAAUUGCAUUUGGGAAACCUUAUUGUAACAGUAUUCAGAAUCAUAGAAUGUUUAAUCA